CUAUAUAUCUCUCUCUCGAGAGCUUCGAUACCUCGUCAAUGGCGGAGGUGGAGGAGACGAAGAUGGAGGAGUUCCUGAAGGAGUGUGAGGCCUCGGGCGACGCGGCGUACGCCGCCAUGAGGGCGCUCCUCGAGAGGCUCGAGGACGCCGCCACCAGGUCGGCGGCGCGCGCCUUCCUCGCCGCGAUCCAGCGCCGCUUCGCCGACAAGGACGCCGCGGAUCGCUGCUUCCGCAGCUACCAUUUCCGGAUCCACGACAUCCUCCUCGGCGAUUCCCAAGGGAAGCAGAAAAGAAAGAAACUGACAAUGAUGGAGAUCCCUAGUAUUUUUAUUCCAGAAGAUUGGUCUUUCACCUUUUAUGAAGGCAUAAAUCGGCAUCCGGAUUCCAUUUUCAAGGACAAGACGGUUGCUGAGCUGGGUUGUGGAAAUGGAUGGAUCUCUAUUGCACUUGCCGAGAAGUGGUCCCCUCUGAAGGUUUAUGGGCUUGACAUAAACCCAAGAGCUGUCAAAGUUGCAUGGAUUAAUCUAUUUAUGAAUGCGCUGGAUGAGAAUGGGAAUCCAAUCUAUGAUGAAGAAGGGAAAACAUUGCUUGAUAGAGUGGAAUUCCACGAAUCUGACCUUCUAUCUUACUGUAGAGAAAAUAAAAUAGAACUUGAGCGCAUUAUUGGAUGCAUUCCUCAGAUUCUUAACCCAAAUCCUGAGGCCAUGUCAAAGAUGAUUACGGAAAAUUCAAGUGAGGAGUUCUUAUAUUCUUUAAGUAACUACUGUGCUCUUCAGGGUUUUGUUGAGGAUCAAUUCGGUCUUGGUUUAAUUGCUCGGGCAGUUGAAGAAGGAAUAGCAGUCAUAAAGCCGAUGGGCUUUAUGAUUUUUAAUAUGGGAGGUCGACCUGGGCAAGGUGUCUGUAGGCGCUUGUUUGAGCGCCGUGGAUUUCGUAUCACACAGCUUUGGCAAACAAAAGUUAUGCAGGCUGCUGAUACGGAUAUUUCUGCCUUGGUGGAAAUCGAGAAGAAUAGUCGCCAUCGAUUUGAGUUUUUCAUGGGUCUUAUUGGUGAUCAGCCUAUUUGUGCACGUACUGCCUGGGCUUAUGGUAAAUCUGGUGGUCGUAUUUCUCAUUCUUUGUCUGUGUAUAGUUGUCAACUUCGCCUACCAAAUCAGGUGAAGAAGAUAUUUGAUUUUCUGAAAAAUGGAUUCCGGGAAGUCGGCAGCUCCCUAGAUUUGUCAUUUGAUGAUGACUCUGUUGCUGAUGAAAAGAUACCAUUCUUAGCGUAUCUAGCAGGUUUUCUGAAAGAGAAUUCUUUUAUUCCUUAUGAGCCUCCCGCUGGCUGUUUGCAUUUCCGAAAUCUUGUUGCUGGGUUUAUGAAGAUAUAUCAUCACAUCCCUCUAAACACUGAUAAUGUUGUGGUAUUCCCUUCUCGGGCUGUGGCAAUAGAGAGUGCUCUUCGGCUUUUCUCCCCAAGACUUGCUAUUGUUGAUGAACAUUUAACCAAACACCUCCCCAAGCAAUGGUUAACAUCCUUGGCAAUUGAUGGAACCAUGAGCAAUGACAGAAAAGACGACAUUCUUACAGUUAUAGAGGCCCCUCGCCAAUCGGAUUUGAUGAUUGAGUUGAUCCAGAAAUUAAAGCCACAAGUUGUUGUAACAGGCAUGGCUCAUUUUGAGGCUAUUACCAGCUCAGCAUUUGAAAAUCUAUUAAAUACAACUAAAGUUAUUGGGUCUCGCCUUUUUCUUGAUUUAUCGGAUCAUCUUGAAUUGUCCAGUCUGCCUGGUUCUAAUGGAGUGCUGAAGUACCUUGCUGGAAAAACUAUGCCUUCUCAUGCAGCAAUUUUGUGUGGUCUCGUGAAAAAUAAGGUUUAUUCUGAUUUGGAAGUUGCUUUUGUCAUUUCGGAAGAUGUGACCAUCUAUGAAGCAUUAUCGAAGACUGUUGAGUUACUAGAAGGGCAUACUGCUUUAUUUAGCCAGCACUAUUAUGGUUGUCUAUUCCAUGAGUUAUUGGCAUUUCAAAUAGCCGACCGUCAUCCACUUCCCGAGAGGGAGUGUGCUGACGCAAAGUCCAUGGAGAUGAUCGGCUUUUCAACUUCUGCCAUCUCAAGCCUAAAUGAAUCUGAGCUCUCCAUCAACGGCUUCGCAGAACAUCCGGUCAUCCACAUGGAUGUCGACCAAAGCUUCCUCCCUAUACCUUCCUUAGUAAAAGCUUGUAUUUUUGAAAGCUUUGCUAGGCAAAACAUGGUUGAGUCAGAAACCGAUGUCAGAUCUGCAAUACAAACCCUAGUUAAGAAUAACUACGGAUUUCCAUCCGACACUAACUCGGAAAUUAUUUAUGCGAAUUCCCAUCUCGCCCUUUUUAACAAGCUUGUCCUUUGCUGCAUUCAAGAAAAGGGCACUAUGUGUUUCCCCUCAGGAACUAACGGCCACUACAUCUCAGCAGCUAAGUUCAUGAAGGCAAACAUUGCGGCCAUCCCAACUCAUUCGGAUUUCGGCUUCAAAGUUCAGCCAAAAGCACUUGAGGGCUUAUUCCAGACUGUAGAAAAACCGUGGCUUUACAUCUCAGGCCCAACAGUUAACCCAACUGGAUUGCUUUAUACCGAUGAGGAGAUAAAGGAGAUACUUUUUGUUUGUGCUAAGUUUGGAGCUAGGGUUGUGAUUGACACCUCCUUUUCGGGCUUAGAAUUUCAAACAGACAAUUGGACGAGUUGGGAUCUGCAAAAAAGCCUUUCCUCAAUUACUUCUUUGCAUAAGGGCUUCUGCGUAUCUCUUCUUGGUGGGUUGUCCUUCGAGUUGCUAUCAGGAGGACUCGAAUUUGGAUUUUUACUAAUGAAUGAGCCGUCUUUGAUAGAGGCAUUCUAUAGUUUCCCGAGCUUGAGCCGACCACAUAGCACCAUGAAAUAUGCUGUGAAGAAGUUGUUGACUAUUAGGGAUCAAAAGGCUCAUCAAUUUUCUGAUGCUGUUGUUGAACAUAAGGAGACUCUGAAGAAUCGGGCCCAUCGCUUGAUGGAGACGCUCAAAACCUGCGGAUGGGAAGUGGUCGGCUGCUGCGGCGGCGUCUCCAUGGUGGCCAAGCCAACAGCUUAUCUAGGCAAAGCGCUCAACGUAAACGGCUUCUCAGAUAAGCUCAGUAGCAGUAAUUUGAGACAAGCUGUUCUUAAGUCCACCGGAUUGUGCAUAAACAGCGGGUCGUGGACCGGAAUUCCCGACUACUGCCGAUUCAGCUUCGCACUCGAGAAUUCCGAGUUCGAGCUCGCAUUAGAACGGAUAGCCCAGUUCAGGAAGUUGGUCCUCGGAAACUGAGCCUGCCUUGGAUGAAGCAACUCCACUGCUGAACAAAUAACUUAACCAAAUCCAGGUACGAAGGAACUGGUUCUCUCCACGUCUUGUUUAUUGUUCUUUCUUUCUCCUAACGAUGCCGUCGCGUGUUUGCAAUCACACCGAUAAAAAAACAGUUUUUCUUUCUCCUAACGAUGCCGUCGCGUGUUUGCAAUCACACCUAUAAAAAAACAGUUUUGCGAUCACAUUCCUCGGAGUGAAUCGAGGUACAAAAUUGUCUCUAAGAAAUGCUCAUGGUUGUUUCUUUGCUCUCUCUAACUUAUUUGAGGGGGGGCCUUCGUAACAACUGUGGCCUGGUUUAAGUGGCUUAAAAGCAUUUGCGUUUCAUCAACUAGUUUAUAGUUGAAGUAUUCAUAUAGUUGUUGUUAAACUUUAUAAGAAGCUUCUACCAUGAUUUCGAUUUUUAUAUUCGGAUUGUAAACGGCGAUUCUUUCUUGUGAUUCGUCCUUGUUCACGAUCUGCAAAUGAGCGAGACGUUUCGAGUCUAAUUUUCUUAUUCUCAGAGAUGGAGCUGUCACAGAAAUUAGAAUUAGGAUUAGACUGGAACUCCCGUAUGGCACAUACUUAUAUAUAAUUUGAUGUAAGGAUGUUAAAUCAUAUCCGUCUAUCAAGAACGUGUCUGGAUACAUUUCAACCGUUAUAUAUAAUUUUUUUA